AUGACAGUUGAAUACCAUGUAACUGGUAAUGUUGACCACAUGGUGUGGUACAAGAUGACCACUGGCAAGAAACUCCAGUGUGUGGCAGAGGCAGAGAUCGUUACCAAACAUGCACAUUAUUUUGUAAUACUGUUGUCCGGCAGCCUUUGUCUGAGUCAGUCCAGCCAGGAGACAAUACACACUGAGACCUGUGCAGGAGAACACAGUGUCUAUUGGUUCAGACAUGGCUCAGGAGAAUCCCAUCCUGAGGCAGCUCCAGGAAUCAUUUCCACCCAUGGAGACAGGAGUGAUCAGUGUGAGAAGAGCCCUGAGGCUGCAUCUCCUACACAGAGCUGUGUCUACAACUUCCCCAAGAGGAACCUCACACCCUCUGAUGCUGGGACUUACUACUGUGCUGUUGCCUCAAGUGGGGAGAUUCUGUUUGGGAACGGAACCAAGCUGGACAUUCAAGGGAGGACUGAUGUUCCAACGAUCCAAGGGCAAUCAGUCGUCCACCGCAGGACCCUAACCCUAACCCGGAUGCCAAGGAGACAGAACAGGCUGAUACCCCAAUACACACUGGAAGAAUGGGGAGGUUUGUGGAGGAGUAGUGGAGCGAGUUCUAGGCCAUCUCUGCCAAGGGCACGAACGCUGCCCACUCCCCCGGCCGGUCCUGGCAAUAGGACCUCAGAAACAUACCCACAUCCUGGUUUACUCUCUCCACCUGCCCGCUACUCUUGGGGUGAAGACCUGAGGUAAGGCUAACUGAGACCCCCAGAUGUUCCAUGAACGCCCUCCAGACCCUUGAAGUGAACUGUGGACCUCGAUCAGACACUAUAUCCUCAGGCACCUCACAGUGCCGGAAGAUGUGUGUAAACAAGGCCUCUGCAGACUGUUGGGCCAUAGGGAGACCGGGCAGAGGGAGGAGAUGACAGGACUUAGAGAAACAAUCCACAACGACCAGGAUCGUGGUGUUUCCCUGUGAAGGAGGAAGAUCAGUCAGAAAAUCCACUGACAGGUGCGAACAUGGCCGUUGUGGAACGGGUAAGGGUUGUAGCUUACCUCUGGGCAGGUGUCUAGGAGCCUUGCACUGAGCGCACACUGAGCAGGAGGUAAUAUAAACCCUCACGUCCUUAGCUAAAGUGGGCCACCAGUACUUCUCACUAAGACAGAGCACCGUCUGACCGAUACCAGGAUGACGGCAGCAGACGGAACGUACAUACGCCCAGCCGGACACUGAAGGGGAUUGGGCUCUGUACGCAACGCCUGCUCAAUGUCCGCGUCCAGCUCCCACACUACUGGUGCCACCAGGCAAGAGGCCCGGAGUAAGGGUGUGGGAUCCAUGGGCCCCUCUGUGUUGUCGUGUCUUUGGCUAUGCUGGAUUAAGUGAUAUGACAUGCUAUUCUAUAAAAUAAUUCCCCCAUAAUUAAUAUCACCUGAUUGAGCUAAUCAUGUAAAUGCUAAUAACUAGAGAGUCGGUGUUACUGUAAUUGAAUUAUGCCAAUGUGUUUUCAUUAAUUGAAAACCCUUAAUCUAUUUUAUGAGAAUUUGUAAGAUUCUUGUUUGCAUAAAAUAGACGGAGACCAGCCAUUUCAAUAAUAGGUAACAGAAUUUAUUCUCGGAGCGUGCUCCCACUUUACCAUGAGCAACAGUUUAUAUACAAUAACAUGACGUCAUUUCAUUGCUUAACAGAAUCCCCUCCUCUCGACCGGGACAAAGUGAGGUUAAUAGUUCAUUCUAACUUACUAACACACUCACAGGUCACACAACAUAACUGAAUUAACUUUUGACCCCCCAACAUUAUCGAUCACCACUUAGCUGACAGUUCUAAUUAACAGAGAACCUAGGGAUGCACUCACUUCCUUAUCUAAAAACCCCAGAGCUCAGUUUCAUCGGUUCAACCAUAGGUUAACUACAUUAUCUGUUUACUUAAUCCACAGACCAUUCCUUUCUUCCCAGUUGGAAUGGUGUUCAUUAACUUUAAUUACUCCUUGUCCGUGUCUCACAAUCCUUUCUUAUGAACUCAUAUUGUUAAUCGGCUAUA